AAACCCGGAAGCGAGUUAGCAUUUUAGGACUUCCGGUUCCAUCGCCCCGAGGUCAAUGGGUUUUUUGAAAGGGUUUUUGCUAAAUCGCCUGAUAUAAGGCCUGUGGUUAACAAAGCCUCUAAAUAUUUUCACGUUUUGAUCUAUGACAUAAAACACACCAGUUAUAACCCGCUUGUGGUUUUUUAAAACCAUAUUUGUGUCUUAAAAACUGUGGUUGCUAACAAAUUGCUAAAAGGGACUACUUCCUUUGGCGGGGACUUUAGACGUCAUCAUGACAAACAGGACAUUUGGACAGCAUUUCUCAUGAAAAAGUGGAUAAGUAUUCAUACACAGCGCAGAUCAUAAUCAGCGAACAUAUUUUUAAAUAAAGUUGUUUUCUAAAUAAAAUUUGAGGAAGCUUGGUGGUGGUGACGCCCGUUUUACACUGCAAGCGUAAGCAGCGCGUAUUUUUUUCGGCGUGCAUGUUUACCAACGGAUGCAUUCACACUGGCAGCAGUGAAGCGGGGGUUUCGGCGCCGAGUCUAUUUUUGCUGCGCUGCUGACGCUCAAUUAAAGUGAAAGCACACUUUUGAUGGACAAAAUAAAUAUAAUUUCACACAAAAAGUGUUCAAAAUGCACAGAAUAAGCAUGUCUAAUGUGUUUUAACAAGAAUUUGAGUAUGACAGAAAAGAAAAUUAAGAAUCAAAAAUAUUUAUAGAAGAUUUACCCAUUUAAACUUGUUUUUAAUUAUUCAGUUUGGGUUAAAAUAUGGUGUAUUAUAAAAACCUAAAGUAAACUAGCCAGAAAAUAUGAUAUAUAAACAUUGUCUUAGUUAUUACACAGAGAGGUAUAGGCUGCAGCAUUCCCAAAUCAAACCCGAGUUUGCUGCCUUUUUUUGCAGAGUUUGCUGUCUUGUAAACAUGUGCAGGCGGCAGAUGAUGUAAAACACAAAGCUUACCUCAUUCAUGUGCAGCAAUGGAUGACAUGAGCCUUUUACUUAUUUAUUUACGUUUAUAUGCGAAUGUUGUACACCUCCCCAUGUUAACAAACUUUCAAGACUAUCAAGUUUAUAAUGACCAACUUAUAAAAACAAAUUUAUAGCUGUCUUUGUAAAGAAAUGCUCACUUUACUGCUGUGACGCUCUACAAACGCUUCAGUGUGAAUACUCGCGCGUCUCUGCAGCUGCAGUGACGGUGUAGUUACGCUUACGCGCUGCUCACGCGCCGCUUAAGCUUGCAGUGUGAAACGGGCCUUGACGUUGAUCCGCGACCAUGGUGUGCUGUAGUCCGUUUAUAGCCUACUGUUAGCUUUUUAUAUCUGACGACUUUAUUUAGGCUUCAAAAUGUAUAAAUGUUGUGUUAACUUGUAAAGAUUAUCUUGAUAGACAAAACGUGUAAGUGUCAUAACCCUUUGUUAAACACAGAGCUUAUUUUUUGCGAUUUUCCAAAAGUCCAUGGGAAAAAUGCAUUGGCUUUCCAUCGAGGGAACCCGUGCACCGCCAGCUUCCAGGUUGGCCUACAAAAACACGUCAUCCCUGGGGUACUCUAUAAAUUAACGGAAAAAACGAAGUGUGGAAUGUUGGACACUUCAUGCACUCAACUGUCCCAGCUUUAAUUACGUAGCGGAGGGGAAGGGGCUGUCAGACUCCGAUGUUAAAUAACAAAAUAACCUUAUUGAUGCAAAACAGGCAGUCCAGCAAUGAUUAUGUCAGAGAUCAUAUUUGAAUAAGGAAUAAUUUAUUAAGUAAAAAUUAUAGAGACAAACAAAUUAAGUAAAUAAUAGUUUAUAAUAAAAUCUAGAGUAUUGUAUCUAACAGAUGAAGAUGAAGAUCAGGAUAUAGAGAAAGAAGGAACAAAAUUAAGACAUUUGCAGAAUGAAAUGAGAGGUAGAAGAGAAGAAGCAGAAGCAGCCAGAAGUAGAAGACGAGAAUAGCCAGAUGAGAUGCGAGAAGCAAAAAGAGCAAAGAAAAAGCUAAAUUAUCAAAGACCCAGUCUGUUUUAUACCAUAAGCAUAGAAAAACUUACAUCCCACUCAAACUUAUGUUUUGGUCUAAUAAGACAAGGUCAAACAGACUUAUCCAUUAUGUCAUAGUUGGUGUAAUGGCUAGGUCAGAGUGACUGGUCAAAUGUCAAAAAUAGAUACAAAAGGUGUUGUUUUGACACCCUUAAGAGAAUAUUGCAGAUCUUGCAUUAUCUCAUGUCUGAAGAAAUGGAAACAGACAUAUUUUCAUACAAAGGUACAUCAAGUUCAAAUGAGCAACUAAUUCUGAAAACAUCAUCACUUCUGCAGUACUUGGCAGGCGUCCAAUAUCUAACCACAAACGUGUCAACAUGACCUGUCACACUGGAACACUUGAAGUACAUUAAAGAGUAAAUACUUGAAAAUAUGAUGAGUUAUAUGUUAUGAUGAGAUUAAUAUAUGGAGUAGGAGUACAUGAAUAUAUGAAAUCAAAUGUAAUAUUGAUAAAUUAUAAGCCAUAAAUAAUUAACAUGAAAUAUGAAUAAAAUGCAUGAAUAUGAAUAUUGACCAUUUUGGAUCCACCACUUAUAAAAUUCACGCACUACAUGGAUGAGUACAUAGUGCAUAAGUACAUAGUGUAUAAGUGCAUAGUGUAUCGUUUGGGACGCAACUAGAGAGAAAGAAUAUGUGAAUUAGCCUAUCUGAGUGCCUCUCUCACAGCAGCAUUGUCUUUACAAAUUGCGAAACGAAACUAAGUUUAUCUACCUCAAGAAUCGCAGUUAUUACCUCGCUGUUAUUUGACCAGGUGUUGUCAGUCCUGGAUCCUGAUAUGUGCAUAAAGGAAGAAUUGUCCAUAACCUCUCCAACAAAGAAAAUGGAACAUCUAGAAGAAAACAGAGCACAAUCCUCAACUCCAGAGAAAAUAAAACCAUCCAUCACCAUCAAACCUCAAAGAGAGAAAUGUAAAGAUGCCAGACCAAGAAAUCCCUAUAAAUGGCACAGACUCAAAGGAACUCUAGGUGUCAAAGAAGAUCAGACGGCGAGUGUUAAACACUUGCACUCCGUAUCCCAAGAAGCUGACAAGCAGAUGAUCAUCAAGUUCUUUUGUGAAUGGAUUACCUCACUGGGUGGAGAGACCAGUGAUCUGACAGAGUCAACCAUCUUGGACCUGUUUAAGAGUGACUAUGAGAAGAAACCCUCCGUAUCCUUACCUAUCAACAAGACUGAUACCAAACAAACUAGAGCAAAUCUCCAUAGCUCUGUAGAGGAAAGUCAUAAAGAUCAGUGUGUUAAGGAGAUAACCCAGGCCUUUAAACCCAACAGACCCCAGGCUGCCAAUGAUCCCCAAGCCUUGGCAGAGAUCACAGGGAGUCUGGACUUUGAGGAACAGCUGAGCGAGCAGGAUAAGGAGCUGAAGCAGAUUCACGGCCUUCAGGCAUUCAGAGAGUUCAUUAUCAAAAAGGGAGUGAGAAUGCCAAGGUUUCUCAGUGCUGUAUUCUCUGAGGAUGAAGAGAAGAACAGGAUCAGAGGCUCCACAUCAUCAUCAUCCACAGGGAGAGCUGUGCAUUAAACUCUUUAAACAAUA